AUGGUCGAUGUGGUUCAUGACGCAAAUGAAGAUAUUCCAGCAGGCGGAACGCUAAUCCCAGACUGGGAAAUUCAAUGGAAGCAUGAUGCUGUGCUGAAGCUUUCCUGGACCCCAGUCAAUCGUUUGCCCGAGGGCGCCGCAUAUGCCAUCCUCAACAAGAGACCAGUCGAAGGUAUUCCCAAGAUCUUUUCGAAGGGCCUGCUCAUCAGAACCUCAAUGGAUACCGCUGGAGUUGUGCUCAUGGAGUACUGCGGCCAGUCAAUGGCGGCUGACCCUGUGCUUGCCCAGGCAAAUGACACUGGUGUCCUGCACAGGGACAUCUCGGCAGGGAAUGUGUGCAUCAAAAACGGCAAGGUGUAUGUCAUUGACUGGGGCUGUGCCAAGGUCAUUGACUGGGGCACUACUAAGGAUGCUGCCAGGGACACUGGCUCAACUCAACCCAAUCACAUUGAUAUUGCCAAGCAGUGGAGGUUCAAUGCAACAACAGUAGGACAGGUGGAGGUGACCAAGGACCCAUUUACAGGACGCCGCUUUUCAUGGGAUUCCUAUGCUCAGCAGCAGCCCCAUCCGGGGAAUCCUUGACGACAUGGAGAGUGUUUUCUAUGUCUUUAUGGAUGCAGUGCGCCCAGCUGAUACUAAGAGGGAUGACGUUCAGGGCUUCAAAUUCCUGGACUCUCCAUCCCUCGCCAUCACAAGGUGGGGCUUGAUCCAAGAGGAUGCUGUCUUGCUGCUAGGCCAAAGAGCUCAUUUGUGCAAUGCGUCAGUUCCUGUUUGAACCAGAAAACAAGGUUAU